AGAGACCAAACCAAAAUGGCGCCUGCUACAAAGGCCAUUGGAUUGCUACUGGUUAUUAUAGGAUUGGCCGCUGGUGUUCAAUAUGAAAUUCGUGGUAACAUUGAUCUCAUCAACAGUUACGAUAUCCAUCCGGACUAUUACAAUGAAAAAUCAUUCACGGAAAAGUUGAACAAAGUUUCGGAACGGUUUUCACAAGUUGUUGGACCAGAUUUCAAAGAGUUUUUUGUUCAUGAUUACAAAAUUCACGGUCAAGACACCGCAGUCUUCCAUGCUCGUCUAACACUUGUCUCAUCUCUAACAGUUUCCCGACAAGACAUCAUUGACCAAAUCGUGGCGACGGACGACGUGCAAAUAUAUUUCUUGCGAAAAAAUGAAUUUGAAGUACAAGGGGACAGUGUUUCGAGAUUCAGAGUAGUUCGUGCUGACGUGAGCAAUUGCUUGCAUGGAGGUAUUUUAUUGCCAAAUGCUACCUGUUCUUGCUUACCAUACUAUUCUGGAGCUAACUGUGAAGUGGUGACUUGCCGCAACAAUGGUAUUGGAUCAAGUGGAAGAUGUUCAUGUCCUCCUGGAUUGUAUUCUGCUCAUUGUGAAGCAAGAACUUGUGUCACCAAGAUUGACUCCGUCGUUGACUUCUCGUCUCAGUCACUCAUUAUUGCUAUCAACACUAGAACAUCGAUGGCAUACGAUUUGAGCAUGAUCAUUGAAAAUAUUCCAACAUUGGUGACGGAUUACCAAAGUCAAGGAGUCAUUCUUUCGAGCUUCAUCGUCACCGUCUACAGAUAUACAAAAUCCGUAUACUUCAUGGAAACGAGUGCCUUCACAACAUCCGAUGCUAUGAUUGAUUACCUUCACAGUGUGACCAUUGCUCCAUCAUCUGAUGAUCAACCUCUUCUUGACGCUAUUGCUAACUCUCAAUCCACCCAGCCAACAAUGAGACCAAAAUCAACUGUUUAUGUUUUUGCUGAUUCUGAGAACUUAUUGGAUCCAACUCCCUCAACGCUUCUCAGUAGCACAAAUGAAAGCAUGGUCAUCCAGCAGACUCUUGCCUGGAGAAAUAAGAUUAUCUUUGUUCUCUCCCAAACGACAUCAAGCCCAAUUGAGCCAACUGGAAACCACUUCGAUGUGCUCCGCAGAGUCGCUACGGCUGCUCAUGGAGACAUUUUGAUGAUUGAUAAAACGGAAAUUGUCGAAGUUCUCACUCAUCUUCUUUUCUACACAAUUGGUGGACAGAAUACAUAUGUGCAAUACUACAAUAAUGUUGCCAAAAAUAUUCCAGUGCAGUCGGAUACACCAACACAAACAACAUAUAUUAUGAUGACAGUUGAGAAUGGAGAAUCACUUCCAAAUAUUCAAGACACCAAUGGUAACACAUUGAAGCCCACAUCCUCUGGACGAAGAUUUGCUGUUUAUCGUGUAUUCCAAAGUUCAACCACAUCAGUUACCAUCACAGGAGACACAAUUCCACUUCAUAAUACUCGUGUGUGGUUCACUUCAAUGGACGAUGUUCUUGUGUCAUACUCUGAAGAUGAUACUGUUGAUAACAAUUAUGCUCACACAUUCAAUGGAUAUUAUCAACGGCCAUCUCUAUAUUCUUCGUUUGCUACAACUACAAGUCUCUCAGUUUCAACCGCUAAUUCUGUCACUUCCGGUGUGAUUUCUGCUGCUGUUACAGCGACAGCAAAAGCAACAUCAUGCAUCUUCCAGUACCAAAUCGCAAAUGCUACUUCGUGUACUCCAGGUCCAUAUGUUCAUAAUGUGGUUGUGUCUGCUUCCGAUGGAAACAAGUACCGUGCAGUUCCAGGAUAUUGCUUCACGCCAGAUUCCCACAUGGCCGCUCCGUGGUCAUGUCUCAACAACGGAACCCGCUCCGGAAUAAGCACUUGCUCAUGCACAGCCAACUGGGGUGGACUUCACUGUGAAGUUCCAAAAUGUGUGAAUGGAGGAUCACCUGACAAGUUCCCCAACGGUGGUGGUCAUGGAAACUGCAUUUGUCCAUUUGGUGUUUCUGGAAGUUUCUGUGAAAUUUUGACAUGCAGCACCACAUCCCCCGACACCUUCCAAUCUUACAAUCGGUCAUUUGCUGUUGUUGUUCAAAACUCUUUAUCUGCUAAUCAAGCUCUUGUGCGGCUUAAUGAUGGUCUCCGUGCAAUGCUCAAUCAAGGACAGUCUAAUGAUUUUGAAGAUUUUGUGCUUACGACAUUCAAGGCUAGAACAGUCAACGGAGCAUCAUUCCCAGAUGUAUCGUCGUCCAAGUUCAGCUCAGCAUCUGCUUUCCUUAACGCUACCAACGACAUUGGAAUCGGAUAUUCAUAUUCUCCAAGUGGACCUCAGCCAGGACUAUUCGCCUUGGAAACUACAAUGAGAUCAAUGGAUUUUGAUAAAUCCUCAAUUUUCUUCUUCACUGAUUCUGCGUCUUCGGUGGUGGAAGCUUCGAUGAACUUCUCCGAUAUUGUUCAAACCGCAGUGGAACGUCAAAUUGAAAUCUCUGUAGUCAUCAUUCCACCAUAUGGAUCCACUGACUUCUGUACCGACAUUGGAACAUAUGAGAUUUAUGAAAUCCUUGCACAACAGACUGGUGGAAACUUUAUCAAUUUCUGUCAACCGUAUACUACAAACGGAGAUCCUGUGUUCAAUUUCAUUGCUUCGUAUGGAAGCACUCAUCAUCACACAGAGGUUGUUGCUUACUAUAAUGUUAUGGAUUGUUCGCUUUUUGCAUCCCGUUCGUUUUAUAUUUCAAGCGCCACAAAUGAUGCAUAUGUUGUCGUUUAUUCUCCUACGAUUCAAAACUUUACUGCUUCCGUUACUAAUAAUGGUGUAUCGCAGUCGUUGGUUGCUGAUUCACAUUCAGUGCCAUUCUUUGCCAGUUAUCAAAUUAAAAUCAGUGCUGGAUCUUCGUUGCAAUAUGUCCUCCAACUUUCCUCUAAUACCAAGGCACAGUGCUUUGUCAGAAUCACCGAGCGCAGUCAAUUCUCCGCUUACCUUGGAUUCUCUCCUGAUCCAUCAUUUGAUCGUUUCAGUAGAGAUCUGACUUAUGCAACUCAUCAACAGCCAGUCAUUCAUCUUUCUUCAACUCUUCAAUCUGAUCCAUCAAUUGAUGUCACUAGUUAUGAUAACAACAAUAACAUUGCUUUUACUUCAUUGUUCACUAAACGUACAUCUGGAUGCAAGUAUGAAUACAUCAUGAAUCAAGAAUACACUUGCCAAAGUGCUGGAGAUACAUUCACAAUGGAAACUACCAUUACGACAAAUGAAGUGACAAUCAUGAGAACUCAAAGAGCUUACUGUAGUGAUUUGAUUGGAUGUAUCAAUGGAGGAAUCAUGUUGGGUGGAAAUUGUCAAUGUGUCAAUGGAUACACGAGUCUUCACUGUGAAGUACCAACAUGUCAAAAUGGUGGUUCGGUAGUAGACUUUAAGUGUCAAUGUCCUUCUAUAUAUGAUGGAGAUUCUUGUCAAUACACAACCUGUAACACAUGGAACUUUGUAGAGACUCAUGAUCCAAGAGAGUAUAACUUCCAGCAAAUUGUUUUUGUCGUCGAAAUCAACACCAAGAAUAUGAUCCUGCCAAAUUCGUAUCUUUUGAAGAAUAUCCAAGCAUUUGUGGAUUCUACUGAUGACGUAAAUGUUCCAAAGCAAUACACUCUUGUGACCUUCGAUGACACUAACAUCAAAGUUGUUGCAUCUUCCACGCGAAAAGAUGUUUUCUUGGCAGCCUUCCAAAAAGGUAUCACUGUUUCAGUGAAUAGUCCCACCAAAGUUAGAGGAUUGGAAGCUAUUAACACUGCAUAUGCAACACUUGUCGAUCUUCCUGGAAUUGUUUAUGUGUUUACUGCAACCAAUUCAGCAAGCAAUCUCGAUGCAGUCAGACAACGUUAUGGUGUUCAGGUCAACAUGAUUUGGAUGGGAGCUGAUCUCACACCUGUAAACGUAAACUAUUAUUAUGCAGCCAUUGCAAGACAAUCAAAUGGACGAGUCCUUCCAGUCAGCCCACUUCAAACUCAACAGAUUCUGAGCGCUCUUACUCCAACUGUCAAUGAGAAUCAAUUGAUUCUCGAUGAUGCCGCCAAGGAUUGCAGUGCUGGAGUGAACUUCCAGUUCCCAGUCGGAAGUUUGGCUACGACACUUACACUUGUAGCGACUGGAACUGGCGUUUCAGUUACUGUCACAGAUGAAAAAUCCAACAACGUCGAUUUGACCAACUCCACUACCUUCACCGAUGUGAACACCUUGAUCAGAACAAUCAGCACAUCUGGACAUAAUGCAGGCACCUGGAGUGUUACAGUAAAAAGCACCGGAAGUUGUUAUCUUCAAGCUAGAGUCAACUCGCCACUUCAAAUCAUUCCACGUUUCACCAACGAUCAGGGGGAUGACUUCGGAAGUGGAACUCCAAGAGUUGGUGCUGGAAGUACAUCCGCUUCUUAUAUCACUUUCCGUGUAAUGGACAGUUACAACUCUGAUUCCCACAACUUUGGUUCGACUAUUCUAACUGUUUCAUCAGCUAAUACUGACCCUGAAACUCCAUGGGAAACUGGAAUUUUCACAAAUGCAACUGUUCUUGUUAGAGACCCAGUUAACUGUGCAAGCCAGUUUGUGACACCGCUCAUCACUUGGACUUCAACUUACAUGAAAUUUGUCGUGAGAGGAAAGGAUUCUAAUAACAACGAUUAUCAGCGAACUUUCUUCUUUAAUAAGAGUGGAAACAAAGCCGAUUGCAUGAAUUCUGCUACUGUAGACACUUAUGGUUUCUGUCAAUGCGAUGCCAAUCAUUUUGGAAAUCUAUGCCAACUUAGAAAAUGUACGAAUGGAGGAGUAUCAGCUUAUGGACUAUGUGACUGUCCAAAUGGUUACUAUGGCGAUUAUUGUGAACAAUAUAUCUCGGCUUAAACGAUCAAAGGAUUAAUUGAUGGCUUUACUGUUUAAAUUUUUAAUACUUUUUUCAAAUUAUAAUGUUUUCAAAACAAAAAGAAGCGGUAAAAAUGCAAUAA